UCACAUCAGCUGUUUGGUGAGGGAAUAUCAGGCAAGUUCUGAGUGUGAACACUGAUUUCGACGAUGUUCGUCUUCUCCUUCCUGCUCGCUUUAAUGCUUUUCUCUGAGAUGAACAGCCACUUGGUCACAGUAGCUAUUCCUUCAACUACAGUAGAAGAUGGCGCUGCAGAACAAGAAGGUUUGGACUCAUUUCUGGGUGAUGACGACAUGACUGAACACGCUAUGGUUCCUCUGAUGUACAAACGGAGCCUCACAUAUGACGGGACAUCCAAAAUCAUCGUCAUACCGGCCAUGAACCUGGAGGGGCAACGUAUUCGUGGGCUGAACCAGCAUCAUCCUCUGGUGGAAGAACGAAGUUUGGACCGCACACCUGAUGAGUUCACUUUGAAACUAAAUAAACGAGAAAAAGACCUUGACAUACUACGAUGUAUGAUUGGAAGAGUUUACCGACCCUGUUGGGUUUGAGUGUUUCUCAAAUAUACUACAAAAAGUACACCAUAACAUGUAAAACAUCAACAGAACAGUUUAUUAAAUGGAAGCGUGUAUUGGAAUUGUAUGUAGUAAAAGUUCAAACUUCAUAUGUAAUAAUUAAAUGCAUUUCUGUUGACAUGUAUGCAGAUAAUUUAGAAAUAAAGUGCAAUGAUCAAAUAUGGAUUCCAAGUUUGAUUUUCCUUCCUCACACAAUUCAAGUUUAAAAAUGAGAAUUUAACUUUGGGAAAAAAGCUAUAUUGCCCUUUAAAUGUAAUUGCAUUUUAAAAAACGCACCUAUUUGUUAAUUGGAUCAAGAACUAUUUUCAAAUCCAAAAGCUAACACCUUUUUAUGCUUUUGAAUUUGGAAAUAUGUCAAAGUACAUAAAGUUGACCAAGAACUUGGGAAAUAAAACAAAGUGUUAAGGUUGUUGAGCUAAAAUCUGCUAGCUAAAAAGCGUUGUUAGCAGUUUUUGCGUCUUGACAACGUCUUAAUUGAAAGGCACACAUGGCUAACAUUUGGCACCUUUGUUACUAGGAAAACAUCCUAGUAACAAUGUUACUAGCCAAAGGCUAGAAAUCUGUUUUUGGUUAGCGUCUUUAGCAAAAGGGAUUAAUGUUAACCUUACCUCAUCAAUAAGCUACAGUCAGACAUUUCAAGUCAUGUUCCAAAAGGAAAAAAUCUAAAACAUCUGACAUGUUUAUACAAUUUAAUUAGUAGAAAGACCUUUUAAAAUUUAUUGCUAGUGUUUAGUUAGCCAUUUCUAGCUAGCUAGUUAGUCAACACUUCCUGCCAGCUUUCGCUUAUGCUAAUUAUUUUUACAUUGUCAUAAUUGGUUUUGCUCUGCUUUAGGUACUUUAUUGCUUGGCCCAUCUUUGAUUUAACUAGACAUUAAGACAUUUGUCAAAAUUUGUAAAGCAUAAAAUUUUUGCUAGUGGCCAGUUUGCUAUUUGUAGUUAGCCGUUUCUCUCAGUUUGCUCAGAUUAUAGUUGACAGACUCAUCAUUUUAUUGUUUCGUAAAACCCAAUUUGUAGAAACUCAAUUUGUAGAAAUACAUAUUUGAGGAAAAACUCAUUAGCCAGUUCUAGUUAUUUUUUUCCCUUUGUUUAAAGUAGGCAAGCUAAUUAGCGGCUAAGCUAUGUUGCAUAUCAAUGUCCAAGAACCACAAAAAAAAAGAUCCUGUUCACAAAUUUUUUAAAGGGACAAAAUUUUAAACGAAAAAGUAGA